AAAAUCUCUCUGUUAUUUUGAGUUCAUUCUAAAUACCAUAACCGAUAAGAAUAAGCUCUGAUAAAACUUUGUGUUCAUGUACUGUAUCUGAUCAAGAUACAGUACAAGAUUUUUUUGUGGCUACUACUGUGCACAAUUUGUCCUCAAAUGAUGCUUGUUUGUGUUUGGAAAGGAAGUGGGGUAGCACUCUUGUGGAGUAAAGUCAUUUUAUGUAAGGAUAGAAAGUGUGUGUAAAUGAACAAAAAAGGGGGGAGUGAAAGGAAGUGAAAGGGGCAGAGGCGUAGUAGAAGUGAGGAAUUCUUUGAAUACGCACAAAGUGAGAAUGGCCUUUUGUGCUCAGUGUUGCUUCCAAGGCAAAUGGAAACACAAUAUGCCAUUUGGGAGUCAGGAAAGAAAUUUGGGGUUCCUUAGUGAUAUAGUUUCAAUUUAAUUUUACGUAGUGAAUUCACUUUGAUUGGGUCUGCAUGUGAAAUUGAUCAAAAAUCAAUCAUGCUUCAUUCUGACACUAGCGCUUUUUCUGAUGCAAAGUUUGAUGUCAAAGACAUGAAUGAGCUGGACUUCUAUCAACAUUUUUAUAUUGUGCAUGGCCCCAAAGAAUAAAAUAAGUAAUCCUUAAAUGGUUGCACAGGGUGUGAUGUGUUAGAAAAAUGAAUUCUUCUCCUGGGUUUUGUGUGGAUUUUGCUUCAUUUGGCAAGUGAAGGAAGUCUUUACCUCAGCUCAGUUUUCUUGGCAGUUUAAGAGAUAAUUUAGUCACGGCACAAAGGGAGAUCUCUUGGGUAUUUGGGUCAAAAACAAAACCCACCAACUGGGUGGGAGUGAGCACAGGGGCCAUGGGGGAAGAGAGGACAGCGGGGAAGACAAACAAAACUGCUUUAGAACACAUGGACUUUCCCCCGAGAGAAUCAAUAUUCAGGACCUGAUCUCCCUCAUUGAGCAAUGAGGCCAAAGAGAAGAGGGAGCUGAAAGACAGCUGAUACAGAGGGAGGGCUGUGGGAUGUCAUGUGUAAAGAAGGAGAUUCUCAUUGGAGGCAACAAGAAAUUGAACAUCCCCAUGCAUGUUUGGAGAAAAGGGUGAAAAAAAAAAAGAAAAACCAAAAAGCAUCCCACAUACCGAAGCCUUCUUGGUCGCACUGGCACACUCAGGAUACCAGACCUGACUGUUAUUAAGUGAAGUGGUUUUAUUACAGAGAUUGAUCAAGCGCUAUGAUUUCCUCCAAAUUGAAGUGGCUGCUUGUUGUCCAGCUCCUGCUGAAUGAACAGGCCUUGUGCAGAGUGUCACCUCGUGUGGUGCAGAGGGACACUCUGCCUCUUGGCACCCACCAAGAGGUGGAGGAGACGGGCAAACAGGAUCAUCUUCCUCUCCUGGGAUCCCAACUCCAAAAAUCUGGUCCUGCAUCAGCCUCGGCGCAACAAGAGGAGCAAGUCCGAUCUGCUCAAUUUGUGACAUCAGUCCUCAGUGAAAGGCUCCAGGGGCAGAUUCAAGAUCGUCUCCAAAUUCAAGGAAAUAUCAGCUGUGAGGACCUGAUGUCUGCCAGCGCUGUGGAUGACCCGUUGUCCUCCGUGUUCCCCCAGGAGUUGCUGGGGCUCUCUUUGGUGCCUGUGUUGGUGGUGGUGGGCUGCCCAAAGCAGGCAGAGACCCUGGUGCUGAAGCUGUACAACCUGCUGGGGGUUGAUGACACAGAGGAGCUCCUGAUGGAAGUGGAGAGUCUAAUAAAGGCAAGGAUGAGCAAGUUUACACCAACACCCCCAUCAGCUGCAUCAGAGAGAGAUCAAGUAUGGCACCACAUAGACGCAGUAAUGUUUAACAUUCAGCAACUGGCCGUGGAGGAAGAAGGCACCUCUACUCAGGACGGACAUUGUGAAGGCUGGAAAAGAUUGAAUGAAACCAUACUGGUAGGAACGACUGUGCAAGGAGCAACAGGUAGACUGGAGGAUGCUGUCAGCAGCUGCGAAAGACUGGGAAUCCUGUGUGCUGGUGUGACCAGCACUGGGCCUCUAACACCUGGGAUGUACCAGGCAGUGCUGAAAAAAGGAAGUCGCAUCCUGCCAUCCCAUUCCACAGAGUCUGAGUGCUGGAUCCGUCAGUGCGGUAUCGAAGAGAAUAUUUGGACCACGGCAACUUCUGGUCAACGGAUGAAGCGCAGCCCCCAGAGGAGCUGCAUCAACAAGAGCGAGGAGCGUGUGUACAACGUGGUGGAGUGGAUUCCCGCAGUUAGCACCCUGUACAACCUCGGCACAGCUGUAUAUUAUGCCUCAGUCAACUGCUCUGAGACAGCCAAGGAGAGAGCCAUCCUCAGUGCUGUCGACCUUGGAACUGAUGCCCUGAUGGUCGCCACAGGUGGGACUGCUGGCGUGGCAGGCUAUGCUCUGGGUGCAGGAGUGAAGACCAGUGUGAAAGCUGGGGUCAGGUAUCUGCUCAACUCAAUGAAGGAGGAAGAUGACGUGCUGGUGAACCAGUCCAGCUGGGAGGAUGGCGUUGUCACCAUCCAGUAGACUGGAGAAAUCAGCCUCGGAAGUGUUGACAAAUACUAACAUGUUAGAUACAAUUUCAAAGAAAGAGGAUCAAAAUUUGUUAGCUUACAUAUCUGAAGAGUAACAAAUAAUGAUAAUAAAAAUGUUUAUUAUUUUGAUUAUUUGGAAUAUAAAAGAAGGAAAACAUUUUUUUUAUUAAAUUUAUUUUAUAUGAUUGAGAUUAUGAUGUAUUAGGGAUUACUCUGUAAACUAAUUCACACAGUCUAAGCUAACAAUGACAUAAAAACAUGACUUUAAAUAAUAAUCUACAGCCUCAGACAAUAAGCUUUAAGCCUUUGUCUAGAAGUAACGUCUUUUUGUGUUUAAAGGAUAAAGUAGUAUCUGAACUGGUCUCAGGAAACCUUCCAUCCCUCAACUCCUUGAGGAGUGCCUUUUCUUCUGCUCAAUAUCAUUUUUUCUUCUCUUUCUCCUAUCUUAAUUUAUGGUCAGAUCAGAGUCACAUUUACAGCUCUGAAAUAAUUGCAGGGACAGUAGAUCAACAAUGUUAUUUUGUUGUUUUAUAUGUCUUACCUUAAUAAAUUGUAUAUUAAAAUUGAAUGCAUUUAGUGGC